ACAGAAAGAGUCAUUUAAAUGUGAUCUAAAUACUUAAUAACAAUUUCAAAUCACCCUCUAUAAAAUGACUCUUUCAGCCGCAGAGUUUUGUAAAGCAAUUAAGCAAUUUGUGGAUAUAUCACGAAAAUGCAACGAUACUUGGCAAGUAUUAGAACCUGAUUCACACGACAUGCACAAGUGCUUAUUGAAGAAAGAAGAAUUUAUCAAAGAUAUUGAUGGAAACUUUUGUAAGGCUGAAUACACAAUAUUCUAUAAUAUCAGCUACGGUGUUCCUUCAUUUAGUUUUAAUAUAUGGAAGAGUGAUGGGACACUGUUAAGCCUGGAGGAGAUAAGACAUUUGUCGCCUACAGUAAUUAAAAAGGAAGACUUUUACAGUGUUGUCACUCAACAGGAGCAUCCCUUAUUUCACAGACCCUACUACAUAGUACAUCCGUGUAAUACAGAAUCUAUUUUAUCAGCUCUGAGUUCAUCUCAAAAUAUCAUUUUAACAUUUCUCAGCUUAAUUACUCCUAUUGUAAAACUAGAUGUGGAUGAAUAUGGAAAAUACAUUUUUUAAAAACUG